AUGGGAACAACACAGUUAAAGAUGCUAAGAGUUUUGCUUUUACUGACCUUUGCAGAGGUUUGUGCUGCUCAAAAUGACAUCACAUUUUCAGUUUUUACGGUCACAUCUAAGAGCAUGACAGUGCAGUGGAGGGGCCCCACAGGUGCCAGUUCCUACAAGAUCACAGCAACACCCAAGAACUCCUCAAAAUAUCCCAUCUUUGCUCAGUUCAGUGGUAAUUCUGUGAUGGGCUCAGUCAACUCACUGUCACCAAACACGCUGUACACUGUGCAGUUAGAAGCCAUGGACAAUGCUCUCAAUGUCCUCAGCAGUGCAAAGACUGAGGAGACAACAGCUCCUGAGGUGCCCAGCAUUAUAAAGGCCUACUCCAAACACAGCGACAGCAUCACUGUAGAGUUCACAGAGGUUUCCGGGGCAACCAGCUACAUCCUGAGGGCAGAGUCGGAUGAUUUCUUCUCUGAGACGCCGGUGAGCGGCUCCCCAGGAACCGUGGUGCAUCUCCAGCCCAACACAUACUACAUGCUGAGCGUCAUGUCUGUCAACUCAGGAGGGAGGAGCCAGCCCUCAUACCCUGUCAAGGCCAAGACAGUGGUGAUUGCGCCCAAGUUGAACACCACCUCCCCUAGCAACGACACCAUCCUUGUGACCUGGUCCACGGUUGAGCACGCUGUCCUCUACACGCUCUGCAUUAUCCGAGAGGGCUCCAGCUCCCGCCUCAAGCUGAACACCACUGAUACCACGGUGACCUUCGAUGACCUUGAAGCAGGGACUACCUACUGUAUCAAGGGCACGGCCUGGGACUCUGAGGGCCGCGCUGGGGAUGACCUCACUGUCUGCCAGAUCACACGUCCUCCAAGCCCAGAUGUGACCCACGUCCAGGUGACUCAGGGUCGGUCCCUUGGAAUCGCUGUGUACUGGGUGCCAGUGCAGGGAGCUGAGAACUACAUGGCUUGGACUUCUAAUGGCCAAAACUGUACCUCAACAGUUAAUAGUUACUGUUACAUCAUACCGGUAGAGUGUGGCCAGAACCACUCUGUCGCUGUCACAGCCUUUAACACCGCUGGUCCCAGCAGCCCCUCACAACCAACCGACUACAUUACAUACCCCUGUCCCCCAGAGAACAUCUGGGUGGAGGAGCCCACGGCAGGCAACUGCUCGCUGGUGUGGGAUGAGAUGCCACUGGUGGAGUACUACAUGGCUUUCAUAAAGAGGGACGACGGGACUGAGAAGUCAUGCAACACCACUGAAACCACCUGCCCAUUUUUCUGCGUGUGUGGCUACACCUACCUCACCACCGUCUUCCCCUACAACCAGGCUGGCUCCAGCCCUUACGCACAUGUCCGCAACUACACCACCAUUCCUUGUUGUCCACAAGGUGUUACCAUAAAGCUGGUUUCUACAGACACCCUGGAGAUCAUGUGGUCACCGGUCAAAGGGGCCGAGCUGUACGAGACAACAGCGAAACAGACUAAUGACGUCAUCCACUGUAACGACACAGCACCAGUGUGCGCCCUGUCAGACCUGAGGUGCAACACAGCUUAUUCUGUGACAGUCACACCUUGCAGCGAGUUGCGAGGAUGCAACCGCACCUGCACGCCACACACACAUGAGACAGCUCCGUGCUCUCCAGAGAUCCUGAAUAUGACACAGACUAACAGCUCCACGUACAGAGUCCUCAUCACCACCCCCAACACAGGCAACACAAAUUAUACCAUCACUGCCAUCGGACGCUAUAACACACACACUUGCCAGACAGGAAGCAGCUCCUGUGAGCUCACACAGCUGCCCUGCGGUUCAGUCUAUGAAGUCACAGCAGUGGCCAGCACAGCUGUAGGACGCAGUCUACCUGGAUACAGUAAACCUUUGGAAACAGGUCCGUGCUGUCCCAUGUUUGUGAAUGUGACCCAGGUUACCCAGGCUAUGACCAAUGUGACAUGGUCACCUGGCGGUGGAGCUCGCUCCUAUAUUACCACCCUGACAUCCUCCCGCGGAUUAGCUAAAUGCCACACUCUGGACACCCACUGCCUGAUGGGAUGCAUCACCUGUAGCACCAACUACAGCGUCAACCUGGAAGCUAUCAGCGGCACAGGACACAAGUCAGCGUGCAAAUAUCAUGGCUUCUCUUCCAGCCCCUGCUGUCCAACAGGCGUCAAGCUCUAUCGCCGGGCCAACAACUCUCUCAGGGUGUACUGGCGCGCUUUGGGCCCUCAGAUCCACAAUCACACAGUAGAGCUGUAUGGGACAGGAGCCAACUACACCUGCAUCGCAGCUGCCGGUAGCACAUACUGUGAUAUCCAGGAGGAAACAUGUGGGGAUGUCUAUACAGUAGUGGCGGCACCAGUGGGACAGGAUGGGAUCAAAGUCAACUUCUGUCAGCCCAGGACAUACUCAGUUCCCUGUCCAGGAAGUAAUGCUGGUAUGGUGAUCUCUCGUGGAAGACGAAGCUUGUUCUAA